ACAGUGCUGACGGACUGUGAAAGGAGGAAAAAACGCGAACCGUCGCGGUCGUCGUGUCGUCGUCGUCGUCUCCGUGGUUUAUUUACAAACCACCAAGGCCCAGAACCUUGCCAAAGUACCACGGAACGGGUUGCAGUGGCGCGCUCCAGCCUGCCGGUGAUGGAUGCAAGCCGACACGGGACCAGGAACGAACCCACCGCCCAUCACCAGACGCCGCCGCAAUCCGAGGACGAUGAGGCGGACGAAGCGGUCCGGAUCGUGCCCCGGAAGUGUCUCAUGUGCUUGCAGCCGUACGACGAGCUGGGCUCGGUCGCGACGGAAUCACCGGACGAGCUGAAGCGGAUAGUGGACAACAUCUACAAGAUUGCCAAAAUUCAGGUCACCCCAACCGGCGGCAAGAUCGAACCCCUGUGCAGCAGUUGCCGCGCCAAGCUGGGCUUCGACUUUGACGAGGACGCGUACUACGAGAUGCUGCGCAAGAUGUACAGCGAAACUAGUCCCGGCACAACAACCCACCACCAGACGACAACAAUGACGGCGGCGUCCCCUACAGCAAUGAUGGCCAACGGCGGACUUCCGGUGCACAUCGGGCUGCUUCCGCUGGAGAAUCCCGACUCCCCCACCGGAUCCCUGCUGGACACGGCCUGCGGGACGUUCGUCGUGACCGAACUAGCGCCGGAAGACCCCACGGACAAGUCCGAUCUGAAGUGCGUCAUCUGCUCGAAGGUGUUCAACUUCAAGUCCACGCUUCGGUUGCACAUCCGGAGUCACCACAACACGACGAUCCGCGAACCGGAACCGCACAAACCCACCCGGAAGCCGCGCAUGUACGAGUGCGUCGACUGCAGCAUGAGCUUCAAGCUCAAGUACGACUACGACAAGCACCAGGCCAUCCACAACCGGUCGAACCUGUUCCAGUGCGAGAUCUGCUUCAAGCUGUUCAAGCACAAGUCCUACUACAUGAUGCAUCGGAAUGCGAAACGCUGCAAGGCGGUUCCGCUGAAUCUGAGCACCCGGGCCGAUCGCGACCUCGGGACUUCCCUCAACGAUGGCAUCCGGAACACCAGCUAGAAACUCCCUUCGUUUAUUUUGCCAUACGCGACCACCACACCCAACAACUCACGCAGUAUAUGUACGUGUUUUAACUAUUAUUAGCAUUGGUAGAGUUACUAAUAGAUGUAUUUGAAGCAGCACCGGGCAGCGCCAAUUGGAACAUUAUUAAUAAUAUUCGUUAGUCAAAUCGUGUUUAAGUUCCUUUACGCAAGUGUCCACCCCGGCACUUUCUAUUCAUUUAAGUCCCACCGACUUGAAACUGUAAUCCGAUUGAUACCAAAAACAAAACGUUAUUAUUGUUAUUUAUUUUUAUAAACAAAACAAAAAUCUUUAUUUAUUUUAUCAAAGUUUAAAACAUCCAACCGCGCUAGCCCACCAUGCGCUUCGCAACCAACGUUUUCUGGUCUCUUCGUUUUAGUCACUAUUUGUAAUUGGAAAAGCGGUUAACCACUAACAAAAAAAAAAAAAAAGAUAAAUUCAUCACAAACCCACAAUAGCAAAAAAAAAACCGGUAGCGUUUAAAUCUUAGUCGUGUAAGUCAAGAAACGAAAACAUAUAACACUCACACAACAACUAUUUAUCAUCUCUUCUGGUAUUCCUACGAAAAAAAAACAAACAAACAAAACAAAACUACUAUUAGUAUUCGAUUUGUAAGAGGAGAAACAAUAAAAACAAAAA